AACUCGAUUCCGUUGGGGAUUCCUCUAGCUCGGCGAGCGAGUGAGUGCAGUGUGUGAAUCAGGUGGUUGCUGCUGCAUUGAUUUGGCUGGUAGAAUUGGUUGCUAGUACUGAAUUAAUGGUGCUGGUAGCAGGCAGCUGAGCUGAACUGAGGCUGAGCUCUGCUCUACAAUUACAGCUGAGGCGUGACAAGAAUCCACCCCCAACCGCCCCUGUCGGUUUCUUGCACUGUCCACGCGGAGGCGGAGAGCUAUAACUCAACACGCUCCUCCGCCCAUCGUCUCCUCCACACCCGGCGGCGGCCAUGGCGGCGGCACUCAAGCGCGCCUACCUCUCCGUCUACAACUGGGCCGUCUUCUUCGGAUGGGCUCAGGUGCUGUACUACGCCGUGACGGCGCUGCUCGGGGCGGGGCACGAGGGCGUGUACGCCGCCGUCGAGAGGCCGCUCCAGCUCGCGCAGACCGCCGCCGUCCUCGAGAUUCUUCACGGGCUGGUGGGAUUGGUGAGGUCGCCGGUGUCGGCGACGCUGCCGCAGAUCGGAUCCCGGCUCUUCGUCACCUGGGGCAUCCUCUGGAGCUUCCCUGAGGUCAGGACACACAUUCUGGUGAGCUCAUUGGUCAUCAGCUGGUCUAUCACUGAGAUUAUCAGGUAUUCCUUCUUCGGCACAAAAGAGCUUUUUGGAUCCGCUCCGUCAUGGCUUCUAUGGCUUAGGUAUAGUUCCUUCCUAGUCAUGUACCCAACUGGUAUCAGCAGCGAGGUUGGCCUGAUAUACAUUGCAUUGCAGUUCAUUAAGGCAUCAGAGAAGUACUGUCUUAGAAUGCCCAAUAAAUGGAACUUUUCAUUUGAUUACCUCUAUGCAUCAAUCCUUGCACUUGUAAUUUAUGUUCCAGGGAGCCCGCAUAUGUAUACUUACAUGCUUGGGCAGCGGAAGAAAGCACUUUCAAAGUUGAAGACCAUGUAAAUAUCAUUGACAUCUCUUCCAAGAUUCGGGUGCUCGCCGCUGCAUCAGCAAAUCAGACGUUCUUGGUGGGCACUAGCUGCAGUAGAGGAUCAUCUAACCCAUCCCAUGGGCGUGAUUGUCGCUGAAUUUGCAUUUGUCCAACUUGUAAAAGACCUUGUUCAAUGCAUGCUUUGUUGAAUCACCUACUAGAUGUCGGGGAACUUUUCACACAGAGACAGCCCACGAAUGUGAAACUGACAAAAGUAUUGUGCA